AGCCACGCCAGGAUUCAAGCCAUGUGUAUGUACUUCUUGGUAGCAGUGCACUCUCCCAACUUUAGAGACGAACUGUAAACUGGCAGCCUUCCAUUUCCACAGGUGGAGCAGAAGAAUUCUACUGCUUUUGGUGAUAUAAGCAAGAUGUCCACGGAGCAGAACUUUCCUGUCCUUCAAAAUGAUCUGAUUCUGCGAGCGGCACGUGGCCAGCCCACGGAGCGUGCUCCAGUAUGGGUGAUGCGGCAGGCCGGACGAUAUUUGCCCGAAUUCCGCAAAAUGCGCGAGAAGCAUGGUUUCUUUGACAUUUGCCAGACCCCGGAACUGGCCUGCGAGAUCACUCUUCAACCCAUUCGGCGAUUUCCCUUGGAUGCGGCCAUCAUUUUCUCGGAUAUACUGGUUGUGCCCCAGGCCUUGGGAAUGGUGGUGGAAAUGAGACCGGGCGAGGGUCCGGUCUUCCCAGAGCCUUUGAAUAUGCCCGAUGACCUGGAUAAACUAUGUAGUAAGGACUCGGUUGAGAAGCUUCAAUACGUGUUUGAUGCUUUGACUUUGACUAGACAUAAAUUGGAGGGCAAAGUGCCGCUUUUGGGAUUCACUGGAGCUCCGUGGACUCUGAUGAGUUACAUGAUUGAAGGCAAAGGCUCUAAGACGCAGGCCAAGGCCAAGAAAUGGCUCUAUCAACACCCGGAAGCUAGUCAGAAACUGCUCCAAAUGAUCACCAAUUUGAAUGUGGAUUAUCUCGUGGGCCAAGUUAAGGCUGGCGCUCAAAUGCUCCAAGUUUUCGAAUCUCAUGGCGAGUUUCUCACCCAAGAGCUCUUUGACAAGUUCAGCCUUCCGUAUCUCACCGCGAUCGUGGAGCAAGUCAAGGGCAAACUCAAGGCCGAUGGGAUCCCCGAGGUCCCAAUGACGGUGUUUGCCAAAGGAGCUCAUUUUGCCUUGGAGCAACUGGCCAGAACUGGUUAUGAUGUCAUUGGCUUGGACUGGACCAUGAAUCCCGAAUCUAGUCGAGCUCGCGUUGGGAACAAUGUGACGCUUCAAGGCAAUUUGGAUCCGUGCGCUUUGUAUGCACCAAAGGAGGAAUUGGCCGAAAAGGUGGCCAAGAUGGCAUUGGCUUUCGGUUCUCAUCGAUGGAUCGCCAAUCUUGGGCACGGCAUCUACCCGGAUGUGGAUCCAGAUCAUAUGGAAGCUUUCGUGGAAGCAGUACAAAAAUUUUCGGUGAAGAAAUAAGAUCUUACAAUAGAUGGAUGAAUAAUAUAUAUUUUUGUUGCACAUUUAA